AUCAUUGCAGGACUACAGUUUAUCUGUUUCAACCAUUUUCAGCUGUAAAAAAAAUAAUCAUGGCUGAGUCAGGUUUCCCUUUACCACCAGAAGCCAUCUGCCCACUCUGUGUGGAUUCACAGCGAGACCCGGUCACCAUACCAUGUGGGGACACAUUCUGCCUGGAGUGCAUCAAGAUCUACUGGGACCAGUUUGACCACAUGGGAGUGUACAGUUGCCCCCAGUGCCGCGCCACCUUCACGCCGAGGCCCGUGCUGAGGCGCGACAUUCCGGACGUCUUCCACGAGCACCGGCGUCAGCUCCCCGAGCUGACGCCAUUCCCCGACAUGCAUCGGGAGUCCUUUUGUGACUUCUGCGUCGGUCGCCGUAACAAGGCUGUCAAAUCGUGCCUCGUGUGCCUGGCUUACUACUGCGAGACGCAUGUCAAGCCCCAUUACGAGUCGUCCACUUUUAAGAGACACAAACUGGUGGACGAAACCGGCCACCUGGACAGGAAGAUCUGCCCCCAGCAUGAGAAAGGACUGGAGCUGUUCUGCCGCUCGGACCAGAUGUGCAUAUGCGUGUUGUGUACGGUUAGAGAACACCGCAGCCACAACAUUGCUUCAGCAGAGGAGGAGCGCGUCGAGAAACAGAAAGUGCUGGUGGUGACACAGUCGGAGGUCCAGUACAUAAUUCAGGAGCGGAUGAAGGAACUACAGGAGCUCAAACAUAACGUAGAUGUUCUUAAAAGCGGUGCCCAGCGGGCCCAAGCUGAGAGCGAUAAGACAUUCCACGAGAUGCUGCAGGCGGUGGAGCGCUGGAAGGCUGAAAUCCAUCAGAUGAUAAUGGCCAAUAUGCAGGCGGCCAUGUCGCAGGCUGACGGCUACGUGGAGCGUCUGGAGCAGGAGAUACUUGAGCUGCAGCGAAGAGACGCGGAGCUGCGGCAGAUCCUGGAAACGGAGGACAACAUUCACUUUCUGCAGAAUUUUCCAACCCUGUGCGUGGCCCCGCAAGCCAUGGUGCCCAAAGUGCUCAUCAACCCUCAGUUCUCCUUCAGUGAAAUGAGCAAAACGGCUGCAGAAAUGAAGGAACACCUGGAUGACAUUUGUAAAAAGGAACUGGGUAAAAUCUCCAAGACAGUCAGCGAAACCCCUGUGUACAUCCUUUUGCCAAGAAAUGGGGACAAAAGGCUGAAAGUUCCGAGCAGAGUGGAUUUUCAGGAGCCGAAAACAAGAGCAGACUUUUUAAGAUACUCUACUAAGAUGUCCAUCGAUCCAAACACAAUCUAUAAAGAGCUGGUCCUAUCAGAUGGAAACCAGAGGGUCACCCGAAGGAAAACGGUCCAGUUUUAUCCCGACCACCCCGAGCGGUUUGACGGCUUCUCCCAGGUGUUGUGCAAGGAGCCACUGACCGGUUUCCGGUUUUACUGGGAGGCCGAGUGGAGCGGCGAGUUCUCGGUGGGGGUGGCGUUUAAGAGCAUCAGUCGCAAGGGGAAGAACUCCAACAGUCUGCUGGGCUACAACAACAAGUCUUGGAGUCUGCUCUGCUCCGACUCGGGAUAUUCCGCCUGGCACGACAAAACCGACCGCGACCUUCCCAGCGCUCCCAGGGCGUCGCGGAUUGGCGUCUACCUGGACUAUGCUGGCAACACCGUGGCCUUUUACUCGGUGUCACAGGCCAUGGAGCUCAUACACAGAUUCAAGGCUCACUUCAGCGAGCCUUUAUAUGCAGGCUUUGGCGUGGGCUCCUCGGUGACUCUUUGUCAGCUCAAGCGAAGUGCUACACCUUAUUAGGAUAAGCGGACUUGCUCACAAACAUGCUAGAACAGCGAUUCUCAAACUGUGGAACGAAUGCUGGCUCCAUCUAGUGCGGGGGUCAGCAACCUGUGGCUCUUUAGUCCCGCCCUAGUGGCUCUAUGGAGCUUUUUUUUUUAAAGGAUUGAAAAUGGAAAAAGAUGGGUGGGACACACACACACAAACAAACGCAACAGUUUGUUUACAUGUAAAAUCUUCCACUCCUUCUUUGUCUCAUUUUGUCCACCAAAAGUUUUAUACUGUGUGUGAAUGCACAAAGGUCACAAAAAACAUUCACGAAGUUUGGUUCUUUUAUGAAUUUAUUAUGGGUCUACUGAAAAUGUGACCAAAUCUGCUGGGUCAAAAGUAUACAUACAGCAAUGUUAAUAUUUGCUUACAUGUCCCUUGGCAAGUUUCACUGCAAAUAUAAGAAAUAACAGAACUUUCCUCCAGAAGGUCCUGUCUUUGUCCAUGGGAUGUCAGAUGAAACAAAAAUUGAGCUGUUUGGCCACAACACCCAGCAAUAUGUUUAGAGGAUAAAAAGUAAUCCCAGGAAUACCAUUCCUACCGUCAAGCAUGGUGGUGGUGGUAUUAGGCUCUGGGCCUGUUUUGCUGCCAAUGGAACUGGUGCUUUACAGAGAGUAAAUGGGACAAUGAAAAAGGAGGAUUACCUCCAAAUUCUUCAGGACAACCUAAAAUCAUCAGCCCGGAGGUUGGGUCUUGGGCGCAGUUGGGUGUUCCAACAGGACAAUGACCCCAAACACAUGUCAAAAGUGGUAAAGGGAUGGCUAAAUCAGGCUACAAUUAAGGUUUUUGAAUGGCCUUCCCAAAGUCCGGACUUAAACGUGUGGACAAUGCUGAAGAAACAAGUGGUUGUUGCUUUGUUGAUGUUAUGAACUUGUUGGAGUGCCAAUCAGGCAUAUUUGGUCAGUGCAUGACUGCAAGCUAAUCAAUGCUAACAUGCUAUAUAAGCUCGCUGUAUGUACAUAUUGCAUCAUUAUGAAUCACAUGUAGGUAUAUUUGAGCUCAUUUAAUAUCCUUUACUUGUAUCCUCUUUGUAUAUAAUUUAGUUGUGCAUGUCUCAUGACACAUCAUCUGUAUGUUUGUGUGCCAUGUUGUUCCAGACCACAGCAAACGUUACCUAGCUUGCCAAAGAUUGUAUUAAAUAUAUUAAAAGAAGACAGCAUGCUGUUUCCUUUAACUUGGACACACACAUCUAUACCUUUGGCCAUUAAAAGCCAGUAAUUUCCAGGAGUUAUCUCACCUCUGAUAGCCUCUGAUUUACUAAUGGUUUCUAAUGUUGUAAAAAUGUGUAAAAUAAAUUUUACUGUGGAGAUAAGGUGCGAUCAGCGCGCCUGCAGAAGCAAAGGUCACCGCCUCUGGCAAUGGUGUCGAGGGCGGAGCACCAUCGGCUAUGGGGGGGGCAUGUGCGGGACGGCGAGACACAGCUGGCAGGUGAUUAGAUUUCACAGG